CAUCGAAGUUUGAGGUUAUGUAGAAUUUAAAUUUUCUUGUAAACUUAUGAUUAGUAGUUUCUAUUUAAGAAAUAAAUAGUUUAAGUGCAUCAUGCAUUAUAUAGUUGCCAUUUACUUCAAUAUUAAUUAGACAAAAAAUCACAAAAUGAGUUAUCAAGACAGGAGUAUUAUAAGAAGGGUCCAUUCAAACCCUAGGGAUAGCCCGGGGAGCCCACAUAGCCCAUCAUCAUUUCGCAAUUUCCGUAAAGGGAAUGUCAGGUUCGGUGUUAACACGAAAGGGAGGUCCAGAAAUACUCUGGUCAUUGACGAGCACAUCCAAGAGGCAACCCCUGAACACUUACGGAUAGAAAUCGAUAAGAUUUUUAGUGAAUUUCUAGCCGACCCUGAAAAGACUGAGUAUAUUUUUCCAUCCGAUUAUAAUAAUUUGCAACGGAAGUAUGUCCAUUACAAGGCCCAACUAACGAAUUUAGUGUCAAAAUCACACGGCAGGGAGCCGAAUAGACAGUUACACCUGAAAAAGAAACCUAAACAAGCGGCCAGUCAAUCGUUCCAUGUCUUUUUGUGCGACGAGAUUUACAAUGAGCUGCAAGAGUUCGACAAAAAUUAUGGCAAUAAGUUGCAAAAUGAGCCCCAACACUUUCGGCCAAUGAAAAGAAGCGAUAAGGUUUAUGGGAGACUGCAAGACACCGAACCAGUGAUCCCCCCCGGGACUAUGAUGAAUGCCGAAAUGACUGAAACCCGAAGCAACUUGCCCAUUUUUGAAAAGAGAGCAAACGUUUUGGAAGUGAUUCACAUGAACCAGGUGACCAUAAUUUGCUCGGAAACUGGCUCAGGAAAAACCACCCAAAUACCUCAAUAUUUACUAGAGGAGGCCUACAUGCUUAAGAAACCUUGCAAGAUCAUUUGCACCCAACCGAGAAGGAUUUCUACCAUAGCAGCGGCCGAAAGGGUGGCUUACGAAAGGGGUGAGGUGUUGGGGGCCGCCGUCGGUUACCAUAUUCGCCUGGAGUCUAAAAGCGGUCCUAAUACUAAUUUGCUCUUCUGCACGGUGGGGGUCUUUUUAAGAAGCCUUAUGUGCGGCAACAAGUGCUUACACAACAUCUCGUACAUCAUCGUCGAUGAGAUUCACGAGCGUGAUAAGCUGAGCGAUUUUUUGCUUAUCUGCUUAAAGCAGAACCUGUCAAAUUUCCCCAACUUGAAGGUGAUUUUGAUGUCGGCCACGGUGGACACGACGAAAUUCCAAACGUAUUUCAAUUCGAGUGCGGUCCUGUCGAUUCCAGGGCGACUUUACCCGAUCCAGACGUUUUUCCUGGGCGAUAUAUUGAGCAUGACGCAGUUUAUGACCGGACAUAUGAGAUCCGCGAUGGCCAAGCUGCAACAGAAACGGGAAUCGCAGUUGUCGCACACGAUGGUCGCUGCUGAAAAGCCGAAACUGUCUGAACAGGAUCAGGCGAAUCUGAAUUGUGCUUUGGAGGCGUACAUGAACUAUAGCGACGAUUACGAUUACAACGUACACUACGAAGAAGCGACCGCUGAUUUGAUGCAACUGUUCAUCACCGAAGACGUGCCGGUUGACCAGCAGCAUUCGGACCGCGGCUGGACCGCCCUAAUGAUCGCCUGCCAUCUGGGAGACAUCGAGUUCAUUUCCAAAUUAUUCACGUUAGGGGCCAAUUUGGACGUUUACGACGCGAUGGGCAAAACCGCGUGGGACUACGCACAGCUCGCCGAUAGAAGGGACGUCCUCGAGAUGCUUAGUUCUUUCAGGGAGCAAAAGAACCAAGAGAAAUCGACUGCUGAUACUGACAAUUCUCAGUUUCUGUUGCAACUGUACGAUAUGUCCACCCCGGACGAUUUCAUCGAUUACGAUCUGAUUACCGAGCUGAUCAAGUAUAUUCAUGCCAAUUCGGAUCGGGGAUCGAUUUUGGUCUUUUUACCAGGUUAUGACGAGAUAAUGCAGUGUAACGACAACGUAUUAGACUCCGGCCUGCCCAUCUCCGAGUAUCGGAUUUUCUUCCUGCACAGCAGCAUGAACAUGAAGGACCAGUGCGACGUGUUCAAACCGUUACCCCAAAGGAAAUUAAUCCUGAGCACGAACAUCGCUGAAACGAGCAUCACGGUGGAGGACGUCGUCUUUGUUAUCGACGUAGGGAAGGCCAAAGAGAAGGUUUAUGAUGCGUAUAACAAACUGUCCGUCCUACAGACCCAAUGGAUAUCGCGAGCAUGCGCGAAACAACGUCAAGGGCGUGCCGGAAGGGUCAGCACGGGAUUCUGCUUCCGCUUAUACUCGCAACAGCGUUUCAAACAUAUGCCCGAGGAACGGGUACCGGAGAUCCUAAGGGUAUCCUUGGAGGAAUUGUGUCUUCACGCGAAAAUAAUCGCCCCGAAAUCGAUGAACAUUUACGAUUUCUUGUGUUUGGCACCGGAUCCGCCCACCCCGAACGCGGUACAGGUGGCCGUCGAGAACUUACAGGCAUUGGGAGCCUUAGAUAAGGAGGAAGACCUUCACAAGUUGGGCGAGUAUUUGGCCCAGUUAACUUUAGAGCCGCGUCUAGGCAAAAUGCUUAUACUGGCCUGUAUAUUUAAGUGUUUGGAGCCGAUGUUGACGAUUUGCGCCGGUAUGGCCCACAGGGAUCCGUUUCAACUACCACCCCAGGCGAACUUGAAAACCGUCGCGGCGGCUAAAAGACGCGAACUGUUGGGAUCCGUGCCGAGCGAUCACGCCAUUUAUUUAUUGGUUUUCCAAAAAUGGCAGGACGAAGUAACCAGAGGGCGCUCCAAACAGUUCUGUUACGAGUACUUCAUCUCGGAAACCACCAUGUACAGUGUUUUAGACACUAGACGACAACUUUUAGGACAACUACGAGCCGUCGGUUUCGUAAACAACAACUACUCAAUCGAGGACUUUAAUCACAACAGUAACUCUUGGGGUCUCGUUAAAGCCAUCAUGUGCUCCGCCUUCUUUCCGAACGUCGCCUUUCCGGUUCAAAGGGGCGCAGCCCUAAACACCAGGAGCGAGAAAAAGGUGUCGAUCCAUAACACCAGCGUAUGCCAAGCGAAGAAAUACGAACACUGGACAUUUUACGACGAAAUGGUACGUAACCGGAUCACUUUUAUGAUCCGCGGGGUGACGCUGUGCUCGCCCUUAAUGGUGUCGGUCAUGUGCGGAGUCGACGUGGUGUAUCCCUCCUCCCAUUCGGUCGCGAUCGACGACUGGCUCGAGUUUUACUUCGGGGACAUUUUGGCCAUCAAGUUCCGGAAAACAGUGCAAUCGUUGGUCGACAAGUCUCUGUCCAACCCGUUUUAUUCGUACGAGCGGUGCAAUUUGCCAAUCACGGAAACGUUAAGGAACAUAAUGGACUCGGACGACAAGAACUUGGGCCUGGCACAGCCAAAAAACGUCGGUCAAAGACCGAAAUUCUUGUUUCGAUUGGGGCAAGAGAAUGCCGCGAGUCGUCCGAACCGAUCAAACACCAAAGACAAUGGCGGAUUUCAAAGAUUCGCGCCCACCCACAACCGAUCCGGAGGCAACAGUUUGCAUGAUAAGUGCAUCGAGCAGCAUAAGAAGGGUUUGACCCCAAAACGUUUUAUUCCACCGGCAACUUCUCGUUACAAUGGGGCGCGUCAGGCGGCUAGAAACUUGCAGUUCGAUCAUGUCAGUGAAGGUUCUAAUGAUAUUUCGCAGAGUUUUGGGGCCCUAAGCAUCCAUCAGCCAGGUCCAUCGACCCCGGGGGAUUUGUUACUGCAAGGCCUGGGUCCCCAAAACCCCAUGACCAGCACCCCCUUUUACACCCUGCAACAGACAUACCCCGGAUCGACGUCCCACGAUCGUUACCAUUACAACGGAAACCACGGACGAUCCAAUCAAUUUAAUAGCGGUAACAGUGCCGCUGUAGUAAACGAGAACGUUGUUAAACGUCCACGGAAAAUUGUUAAGCACCAGGAACCGGUCGCGCCCGUAGAGGAGGAACCCACUAAGCUCGCCAAGAGCGAUAUGUUCCAUCAAGACGAUUUCCUGGAGUUUUUGAAUGCGGAUUUACCACAAGACAAGCCACCUUUCAACUGGGCCGAAACUCCAACCCUAAUGGAUUCCAAUUCCAAUCAAGCAGAAUCAUUCCAAUACAAUCCGAGUCUGUCGGAGUCCACCCAAACAACCGGGGAACCAUUCAGAUCCAAUCAAAAUCUGACCGGACUUACCAACCGGACCAAACCGAAUGUUGGAUCAUUCCAAGACCAAUCAGGAUUGGUGAUGCCUAAUUCCUCGCAAGCAUGUGGGGAAUCUAAUCAAGGCCAAUCGGGAUUCACGAUCCCUAAUCCCUCCCUAGCAACUGUCAGUCUAUUUCAAUUGAAUCAAAGCCAUUUGGGAGCCACUAGGAAACUUAAACUAAAUCCGAAUGUCGAACCAUUCCGAUCUAAUCGACAUCUGGCUCUUGACUCCUUCUCUCAAGUGAAUGGAAGUGAAUCAUUCCAAUCUAACCAAGGGCAGUCGGGAAAACUGAUGAUUUCCAGCAGCACCCAAACCACUGAGGAAUUAUUGCAACCGAGUCAGAACCAGCUGGUCGCAUACAAUCAAGGAGAGAAUGCGGAAUCAGUCCGACAAGAAGCCUCAACUCAACAAUACGGGGAAUCUACGACAUGGGGGAUUCCUAAUGCCUCCCAAGCUAACCCGGACUUAUUCCAACCAACCAAUCGAGUCCACACGUCAUUUAUGAUUCCGAAUUGUUUGCGUGCGAAUGUGGAAUUUCCAUUCUUCCAAUCGAAUCAAGGCGGAUCAAUGAUGCCCCAAAAUCGUUUACGUACGUAUUUCCGAUCGGCCACUGCCGAAUUGGAACGGGUGCUCCAAUACCCGGACGAUCCGGUGUUUUUGUUCAUUAAGGCCAACGAAAAGAAGAACAUCGAUAUCGCGCAGAGUGCCAAGAAGUGGGUCUUUUCCCCGCAAACCGAGAAGAAAGUCAUCGGUUUUGCCGAAAAAGGGAGAAAAGUUUUGUUGGUCUACUACGUGAGAUGCAUCCAGAUGUUCAUGGGAAUCGCCCAGUUUAAGGGCCUACACGUGGGAAAAACCUUUAGUAAACCCACGGCCUCCAUCGAAUGGAUCCACUGCAGCCCAAUACAUAAGAACAAGUUCAAGCAAGUAAUGAACCCAUAUGACGACUCGAAACCGGUUUACGACUCGGACGACGGGAUGGUCAUUAAGAAGGACAUCGGCGAGACAAUUAUGCGGAUCUACGCUCAAGUCGAGAGAAAUAGGGUCGACAUCGCUACGGACGAGGAGUCCCAAGAAGAAGCCUUUUUUUUUAAGUAUUCAGUGUUGUAAAACACUUGAUUUUUAAUUAGUUUAGGUUUUAACCGUGUUGGUAUUUGUGUUAUUUCGUUCUCAUUAGGUUUAGGUACGGUUUAUUAUAAUUCACUACUAUUAUAGGGCAUAAAAGGGGCUAAAAUUUUAAAUUUCAUUUUUCUCUGAAACUGUUGGUUGCUCAAAAAAAAAGUGUUGGUAAAUGAGUGUGCUCUAUGGUUGAGUAUGCAUUUCAGUUUUUGAAUCGUGUUUCUAUCUUUAAUAGUUUAGAAAUGAUCAAGAAUUUUGUAAAAUGUAAAAUUACGAAAAUUUCACGUUUUCUCAAAAACUAUUGGUUUCUCCAAAUAUUU